ACUCAGUACUCAGUACUCGUCGGCGGGACGGUGACGUUGACGUUGACCUUGCCGUGGCCUCGUCGCAGGUGGAUGCCUUCGCGGCCGAGCCAUUCAAGGGCAACCCCGCAGCGGUAUGCCUCCUCGAAGACGAGGACGUCGCAGCGGACGAGCGGUGGAUGCAGUCCGUCGCCGCCGAGUUCAACCUUUCAGAUACAGCGUUCCUCGUCCGCGACUCCACCCGGCCAGCCGGCACCGCCGCGCGGUUCCACCUCCGAUGGUUCACUCCCGUCACUGAGGUAUCCUAGCUCCCCAUUCGUCCCCUCCACGAAUCUCAGAGCCGCCUUUUACUACCAGCAUCGGUCUCAAGUCAACCUCUGCGGGCACGCGACGCUGGCCUCGGCGCACUUCCUCUUCAAGAAUGUUCUUGCCGAGCAUGGCAUGGUGGAGUUCAUGACCAGGUCCGGGAUUCUAACUGCCAAGAAAGUUACUACGCCAGGGAGUGUCUCAGAAGAGGAGCAGGGGAAGCUGUUUAUUGAGCUGGAUUUCCCCAUGGACAGUUUUGUGGGCUGCAACACCGCCGACGAUAUGCCUCUGAUCCCCGAGACCCUAAACGGCGCAUCAGUUGUCAGUAUUCACAAAUCGAAGGCCGACGGUGACCUCAUUGUAGAACUUUCGUCAGCAAAAGAGGUUGCCGAUAUCGUUCCUAGCAUUGACGAAAUAAAACGUUUGGACAACAGGGGUCUUAUUGUUACAGGACCGGCACCUGCUGGAUCUGGAUAUGACUUCUUCACACGUUUCUUCUGCCCAAAAUUUGGGAUAGAUGAGGACCCUGUUACUGGCAGUAUUCAUUGUGUUUUGGCACCCUAUUGGGGUAGAAAGCUGGAGAAGCAAAAGUUGGCGGCAUAUCAAGUAUGUGCUUAGCUAUGUUUUCAGAAAAUUAGUUAACAUUUGAAGGCAUCUCCAAGGGGUGGAACACUAUACCUGGAACUAGACAACGCAAAUGGGAGAGUCCAAAUCAAGGGAGAAGCUGUUACUGUGAUGGAUGGGACACUCCUAGCCUAGAUUGCAUGCCGUUGUCAUCGAUGUGUUUGUUUAUGCAAUUAUGCUUCCAAGGACAAUUGUUCAUAUAGUUGUAGUAUGACCUUCGAUGUUGGCAACAACAUUUGUUGUGUCGUAUGCUGGUUUAACAAUAAACAGGAUGAGCUAUAGAAAAUUCUGAGCUCUUUUGACAA